AUGUCUGAAGAAGAAGACUCCUCCCCGGAUUGGGCUUUGGCCCCAACAAACAGUAUACCAGUUCUAGGUAUAAAACGGUUAAAGCAGAUCGAGACGAUGUUCGUCUCGAGACGACUCCAAGGCCCGAGGACUCAGGGUUUGAGUGUGGAGACGCUGUUGGACAUGUUACUUGUGCUGUAUGACGAGUGUUGCAACAGCAGCUUGCGAAGGGAGAAGGCUGUAGCGGACUUUAUACAAUAUGUAAAACCAGUAGCAGCAGCGCUAAAACGUCUAAGACUGUCGCGGGAUGAUUUCGAACUCGUCAAAGUGAUUGGACGCGGGGCCUUCGGGGAGGUUUGCGUUGUGCGAGCGUCGUUUAUGCAGCAGGGCACAGAAGGUGUGAAUACCACAGCCGGAACCAUAUCGACGACCACCGGCGACCGAGUGUAUGCCAUGAAGAUACUGAACAAGUGGGAGAUGUUGAAGAGAGCAGACACGGCAUGUUUUCAAGAAGAGCGAGAUGUCCUUGUGUUCGGGGACCGGCGUUGGAUCACUAACUUGCACUACGCGUUCCAGGAUGAACAUAAUUUGUACCUAGUGAUGGACUACUACUGCGGCGGUGAUCUCCUCACUUUGCUGUCCAAGUUCGAGGACCGGCUGCCGGAGGAUAUGGCGCGUUUCUACAUAGCUGAGAUGGUGCUCGCCGUGCAUAGCGUGCACGAGCUGCGAUAUGUGCACAGAGACAUAAAGCCGGACAACGUGUUGUUAGACGCGAGCGGUCACAUACGACUGGCUGAUUUUGGUUCCUGUUUGAGAUUAGGAGACGAUGGCAAAGUACAAAGUAAUGUAGCUGUAGGCACACCAGAUUACAUAUCGCCUGAAAUUCUACGGGCGAUGGAAGAUGGACAAGGUCGAUAUGGUCCGGAAUGCGAUUGGUGGUCACUUGGUGUAUGUAUGUACGAGAUGUUGUUCGGGGAAACCCCGUUUUAUGCGGAGAGUCUCGUGGAGACAUAUGGGAAGAUCAUGAACCACGCACGUUGUUUUCAUUGUCCGCCGCCCGACGAACACGCGGCACAGGUAUCCGAAGAAGCAAAAGAUUUGAUAAGGAGAUUAAUUUGUUCCUCUGAAACUCGAUUAGGAAGAAAUGGCUUACAAGAUUUUAAGAGCCACCCGUGGUUCGCGGGGCUGGAGUGGGACAGCGUGCGCGAGAUGCAGGCGCCCUUCGUGCCCGACGUGUCCAGUCCCACCGACACCUCCAACUUCGACGUCGACGACACUGAUAUACGGCUGUCGGAGGCGGUGCCGCCGCCGCGCGCGUCGGCCGCCUUCUCCGGCCUGCACCUGCCCUUCGUGGGGUUCACGUUCACGGGCGGCUCGCGCCUCUGCGACCUCGGCGCGCCCACGCCGCUCAGCCCCGCCAAGAACGCCACCAAACAGUUACAAGCGCCAUCUAACGCGAGCGACCGCGCCGCGCUCAAAGCGCUGGAGAGAGAGAACGCGCUGCUGGCGCAGACCAUCGCCGAGCUCAGGGCUGGGAGCGGUGUUGAAGAGGGUUCUGACGAAAUGACACAAUUAAAAGAAGAAUUAUCGACUCUAUCGCAAAGGAACAGUGAAUUGGAAGCGCAAGUGCGACGCAUCGAGCAAUUGAGUGCCUCAGUGGGUUCACAGGAAAUAUCAUCAUCGCCGCAAGAAUUAACGACACGCGUCAAGGAAUUAGAAGUGCUGCUAAAUGCAUUGAAUAUAGAAAAGGAAGAACUAGUCAAAGAUAAAACUGAUUCUAUAGAAAAAUUACGAUUACAGGAUAAGGAAUUGAAAGAUGCUGUGUCGCAAAGAAAGCUCGCUAUGACCGAGUAUAACGAGGUGACCGACAAGUUGGCUGAGCUGAGGCAGCAAAAGCAAAAGUUGUCGAGACAGGUGCGAGAUAAAGAGGAAGAGUUGGAGGUGGCGAUGGCCAAGAUAGACGCGCUGCGGCAGGACAUACGGCGCGCGGACAAGUCCCGGCGAGACCUCGAGGCUCGGUUGGAUACUGCUCUCAAUGAGGCCGCCAAGGAGCGUAAAUUGAGAGAAGAGAGUCUCAAACUGCAGCGAGUGGAGGCGAUCGAGGCGGCCGGCGGGGGCUCGGCGGCGGAUGUGGCCAAGUUGCAAGCUGAUAUCGAGGCUCUGGAGACGCAGUACGCGCAGUCGCUGGCGGCGCAGCAGGCGCGCCACGCGGGCGAGCUGGCGGCGCUGCGCGACCAGCUGCACGACGGCGACGCGCUGCGCUCGCGGCUCUCGCGGGAGUUGCAAACCUCCAAAGAUAAAUUGGAGAGCCGUCGGUUGGAGCAACUCAACGACAGUGAGGAUAAACAGAUGCUCAUCAAUGAAAAUAGAAAGCUAGCAAAAGAUCUUGAUGCAAUGGCGGAGAACGGUAGGAGAUGGCAAGCGGAGAGACGACAGCUCGAGAUGGAGUUAGAGGAGUUGCGUGCGAAGCGAGACUCAAUGCAACAUUGGGAGACUCAGAUAGCAGAUAUAAUUCGAUGGGUGGCGGACGAGAAGGAGGCUCGAGGCUAUUUGCAGGCACUUGCUACUAAAAUGACUGAGGAAUUGGACUACUUGAAACAUGCAAGUGGCACACGUAGCGGCGCCCCCUCGUCGCCCCCGGCGGUGGGCGUGGGCGCGGGCGCGGGCGCGGGCGUGGGCACAGGCUGGCGCAACCGGCGCUCGCAGAAGCUGGACAAGAUGGAGAUCCUCACGCUGCAGUCGUCCCUGCACUCCGAGAUACAGGCCAAGCAGGCCGUGGGAGAGGAGCUGAGUCGUACCCGUGCAGAACUGCUGGCUAGUCAGAGAGAGCUGAUGGAGACCCGGCAGCGGCUCGACACGCUCGCGCACGACAUGAAGCGCAAGGAGCAGCACAUCCGCGACAUGCAGGCCAAGCUCGACGCGCCGCACCAGCCCUCCAACUCCUCGAGGCAAGGCUCGGCUAAAUCUUCGAGCUACUGGAGCGGUAAAGAAGAGAAUGUUUUAGAUCGACCACCGUCGCAAAUGAGCUACUUAGACCAAUUUUUGAAAGACGCGCCAACGGAAAGGCACUACGAUAAUGUUGCGUCUAUGAACAACGAACAGAAGAUAUUGCCGCAUUACCGUUACAGAAAUGUUCAGCAUUGUUGCAAUGCAAAGCUCAUGUACGGGUCUCAGCAGUCGACGGCACUGAGCGGGUCGGCCGAGUCGCAGGAUGAAAUGGAGCAGCGCGCAGCUUCCCCCAUCUCCUGCAAGAGCUCGCCCAGUGAAAUGUCCACUUACUCUCUGCAAGACCCGACGCUGGGGCCGAGCGUGCCGGGCAAGCAGAAGGUGCACCAGUUCCUGGUGAGGACCUUCAGCAGCCCCACCAAGUGUAACCAUUGCACUUCGCUUAUGAUCGGGCUGACGCGGCAGGGCGUGGUGUGCGAGACGUGCGGGCUGGCGGUGCACACGCGCUGCUGCGCGCGCGUGGCGCCGCGCUGCCCGCUGCCGCCCGAGCGCGAGCGCCGCCCGCUCGGCAUCGACCCCGCGCGCGGGCAGGGCACCGCCUACGAGGGAUACGUCAAGGUUCCUAAGCCCGGUGGCGUGAAAAAAGGCUGGAUGCGACAGUUCGUCGUGGUCUGUGACUUCAAAUUGUUCCUAUACGACAUAUCACAGGAUAGAAACGCGCUGCCGUCCGUGUGCGUGAGCCAAGUGCUGGACAUGCGCGACCCCGAGUUCAGCGUGACGUCGGUGAAGGACUCGGACGUCAUACACGCCAGCAAGCGGGACAUACCCUGCAUAUUUAGAAUAUCAACAUCACAACUUGAAGGAGGCAAGCGCUACCAUACGCUUAUGUUGGCGGAGUCGGAGUCGGAGAAAACGAAGUGGGUGGUCGCGUUGAGCGAGUUGCAUAGGAUAUUGAAGAGGAACAAUUUGCCCGAUAAAUAUGUGUACAGCGCGGUGGCGCUGGCGGACGCGCGCACGGCGCUGGUGCGCGGCGCCACGUGCGCGUGCGUGGUGGAGGGCGCGCGCGUGGCGCUGGGCGGCGAGCUGGGCCUGGCGCUGCUGGACCUGGAGCGCGCCGAGCUCGUGCCGCGCCGCGCCAUCGCGCCCGUGCACCGCAUGCGCUACGUGCACCGGGAGCAGCUGCUCGUGGUGAUAGCGGGGCGCGGGCGGCACGUGCGGCUCGUGCCCAUCCGCGCGCUGGAGUGCGCCGAGGCGGAGAGCGUGAAGCUGUCGGAGGCGAAGGGCGCCGUGGACGUGGCGGUGGGCGAGCUGCACGCCAACGCGUACGGGUUCGCCGUCGUCUGCAAGCGGCAGAACUCGUGGGUAGUGCUAGUGUACGAGAUAACGCGCACGGCGGCGCGGCGGCAGCGCGUGGCCGAGCUGCGCGCCGCCGCGCCCGUGCUCAGCGUGCAGCUGCUGCGCGGCCGCCUGCUGCUCGGCUACCGUGGCGCCCUGGUGGCGCACGCGCUGGACCAGCAGGCGGCCGCGCCGCCGCGCACGCUGGUGCACCCCGACAACCACGUGGCGGUGUUCCUGGCGCACUCGGGCGCGCGGCCGCUGUGCGCGCGGCCGCUGGGCGCCGACUGGCUGCUGGUGUUCACGGCGCUCGCGCUCUACGUGGACAGGGUCGGCAUGCGCGCGCGGGACACGGAGUUGAUGUACACGGCGCAUCCUAUGUAUCACGCUAUCAAUGACACCCACCUAUUGAUAUUCACCACGUCGCACAUAGAUAUCUACGACAUCGAGUCUGGCGAGUGGGUGCAAACUAUCAAUAUACCGAACGCGCGGCCGCUGGACGAGGCGGGCUGGGUGGUGCUGGCGGGCGCGGGCGCCGGCGCCUUCCCCUUCUCCGCCGACGCGCAGCCCUCGCUCGUGUACCUGCGCCCGCUGCGCUCCGCGGGCCCGCUCAACUACGAGUUGACUUCGUACGGCACCAACAAGAGACGCUUCUCCGUGCGGGAGCAGUCCCACCAGGCUAUUGAGGCACAUAACAGACUGUCGGAGCGCCGCUCGCGCCUCAUCUCCGCGCCGUCCAACUUCGCGCACGUGUCGCACAUGGGCCCCGGCGACGGCAUCCGCUCGCAGCGCCUGCUCGACCUGCCCACCACGCUCGAGACCGCCGACCACGACCACGACCACCAGAUGUACGGAAGCCGCGACAGCAGCAAGCGCACGUCGCCGCUGACGAUAUCGCAUCCCACCGGCUCUUAUAAUGGGUCAUGGCGUGGACGUUCCCGGGACGCGCCGUCCGAGGCGCCGCCGUCGCCGCCCACGCAUCGCGCUAUGGAGAGGUCUGUGGGCGGCGGGUCGCUGGGCAGCGGGUCGGCGUUGGAGCGCUGCCUCACGCCUCUCAGCCUCGGCAGCAUGAGCUCGCUACAUGAUGUGCUAAAGGUGGGAACGGACAUGGGCGAAGGCCUACAAUCUGAAGACAGUAGCGGCGCUUCGCCCCCGCACCCAGCGGAACCC